AUGGAGCCCCUCCCAAAGCUAACUGAGGGCAGAUCUGUAAUCUCUUCAUAUCCAGAUCUCCUCUCGACCCUGACAGACUUCCUAACAGUCUGCAUCCACACGAUCCUCUACUACCGCAACAUCUACCCACCCGAACUCUACAUCAAAGCGCGCAAGUACAGCUUCCCCGUGUACCAGUCCCGCCACGAGCGCGUUUGUAAGUGGAUUGCGGAUGCGGUUGGGGCUGUUGCUGGAGAGAUUGCGAAGGGCAAUGUAUCAAAAGUCAGCCUAAUUCUAAUUUCCCCGAGAAACGUUCCAUUGGAGAGAUACGUUUUCGACCUUAGCGUGUUCCCGAAUGUUCCGUUUGAGGGUGGGUAUAAUGAUUUGCUCCUGCAGCAGUUGGCAGAGGUUGGAGGGAGAGGAGGGGAAUCAGGAGGGGAAAGGAAGAGAUUGGACGAAAUUACGAUUGCGGGGUUGGAGGCACAGUUUAGGGCCUGUCUGAUGAAGCUUUCCAUCGCUGCUCCAGACCUGGGUAGGUUACCUGAAGACUGCACGUACACUGUGGCGGUAGAGAUGAAGGAGCCGGGAGCGCCGAUAAAUUACGCUGAAGUCUGGGUUCCCGCCGAAGGGCAGGGUAGUGACGGGGCUGGUAUUAGGCAUGGCGGCGGGACCAGAUCUACUGGUAUCAGAACAGUGGAAGCGGGCUCGAUUUGCCUUGAAUUUUCAAUAGAAGAGACAACCACUAAAACAAAAAUGGCCCUUGAGCAGUAGCAAAAUUCAAUGGAGUUGGCCGUGCAAACAAUGAAGAAAAGAAA